UAUAGGGAGAAAAGCACAUUUGCGAGGUGGGGCUAUGGGUGGUGGGGGUGUGGCAAUUCUGGAUGACUGUGUGUGUGUGUGUAAGUGUGUGUGUCUGCCUCUGUAAGCUGCCAUGCGCUGUGCCAUUGCAAGGCGAGACAAGCAGAGGAUAGUAAAGUUAGCCCUCGAAUAAAAAAACAUUAAAAAGUCAGCCAGUGAAAGCAGCUGCUACCACGGCAACUCAGUACCUACAGGUUGUUCUUCAUUUCUGUCACUGUCUACAACACACUUCUCUCCAGCCAGCCUGCAAGAUUCAACACUUCAACACUGCAAGGAUGUGGAAUCUGAUAUUUGGGGUCACCUUUUUUGGAUUUCUAAGCUCAUCCCUGGCGGAAAUUCAAGUGAACUCUCGCUCUUGCAGUUAUGCCGGGGUCUUCCUAAUCGAGGGGCAGGGCCGUCACAUGCUCAGCUACAGCGAGGCGACAGAUGCCUGUGAGCAGCUGGGCACUGUCUUGGCCAGUCCGGAGCAAGUGCAGGACGCGUACAGCAAAACCAUGGAGACGUGCAGAAAUGGCUGGUUGAAUAAUGAGACAGUGGCCAUCCUCAGACAUACAUCUCACGGAAACUGUGCCAAGAACCUCACAGGUCUCAUAAUGAACACUCACGUGACUCUAGAUCAGCAGUUUGACGCCUACUGCUUCAACCAAACAGCUGGUCCAGAGGAGGACUGUUCACAAUCUUAUUCAGGACCUGAAAGUUCUAGUGAAGCAGGACAAUUAUCAACUCCCGCAGACACCGAAAUCCCAACUUCAGUGGAAAACUACUUGGAGAGCACGGCUGCAUCCGAACUGGACAAAGAAGGCGAAGAGGUCACGAUUCUCGAUGAGGGUCACGUAUCCACGACGCUGGUCACGCUGGAGAACAUCACCCUCACCCCGGAAACAGGAUCAGGGAUGCAGCCCACUGGAGCGGAGGAUGACGUGGAGGUCUUCACCACCGCCCAAGUGAACGAGCCCAACAUACUGCUGCCCGGUCACGAAGAGGACAAGACGGAAUCAGAGUCCAAAGGGGAUACCACUGAGAUGGUUCCACACUCUCCCGGUAAAGGCCGCAUGAACCCGGUGCUGGACGAAGGCCCUAAACAUAACUCACAGGAAAGCGGGAGCACAUCUAACUGGCUGGUCGUAGUGGGUGUGAUAGUGGCGGUGGCGGCCAUUCUUCUGGUGUGCGCGGUGGUGGCCAAGAGGAACACCUUGUGCGGGAAACAGCAGACCCUCAUGAUCACCAAAGAGGGCGGCGAAGGCAACGGAACGGCCAUGUCCGCCUCCAGCUCACACGCCCAGGAGAGAGAGCAGGAGAUGGUCACGCUCAUGAACAAGGAAAAGAUCCAAGAGAACGGCAACACAGAGGAAUUCACCGUCAUCACGCUAGAGGAGUCUCCAGACAAGGACCAGACCGCCUGAAACACAUCACACUCAACGCUGGGGUUGGGGGUCCGAGACGUCGUAAGGGGCCAUUCGGUGGUCAGCACUGAAUGACCGAAGUGGGAGUGUUUGUAAAUUGUUCCGAAAACCUCGCUGUGGGACUGCCAACUGAGCGGCGGUGUCAAAAAACAUCAUGCAUUGUCGGAUUAUUUUGAAUGCAUCUGUAGAGGGGUGUGCUAUGAAUGUGUAGUGUGUUUUUUGUGUUAUUAUUACCAUGGUGAUAAAAAGGAAUGGUCAGAAAUUAAGAUGAUUUAAAAAAAAAAAAAGUCUAAUAUGGGACCAAACAAUGACUUUUAACAGUUCUUUCACUCUCUUUUGUCUAUUUUGUAGCUGUAUGUGCCCUGACUUGACCUGUGGAUUUGAACCCUCUAUAUCUUUUAAUUUAUGCCAUUUUCUGAACCCCGUUUUUCCCGUUUUGUAUAUAAAGUGAAAUGUAAAUGAGAUGCCUUAGCAAUAACCGCCAGCUGUGCUUUUGUUUGGUAGAAAAUCCGUUUCAAACAAAGGAAUGUGUCACGUUGGUAAACUUAUUUAAUUAGAAGUAGCAGUGGAGGUUGGAUUUCGCAAUAGAUGAAGUGAAUAGCAAUCAUGUUUGUAUCGCAUCCAAAACUGUGCAACUGCAGCACCUUCUAUGUCCAGGUCAUGGCAUAACAAUGUUGUAUUAUUUAAAACAAAGGGUAUGUUCCCCAGCGUGAACCAAUGGUGAUCAAGGUAGUACAAUCUGUGUGUACAAAGUCAAUGAAAGAAUGUUAGCUUGGUUUUAUUGUAGCCUAAUCCAUUUUUUAUGAUGUAAAUGAGCUAGUCUUUUAUUUUGAAGGGGAUAUUUUGGGUGAUAUAAGCUUAUGUAAGUUAUUCAGUGCAGUGGUCAGCGACUAUCUGGCUUGGAGGAGCAGACGCAGCGGCCAGUGGUGGAACAUAAUGAAGAAAAAGUAGUAAAGUACUGUACUUAAGUAAAAACUAAUCAUCUGUAUCUGUACUUUACUUCAAUACAUUUUUACGUGCGUAUUUUUUCUUUUACUUAAGUGUUUUUAUUAAUGUCUGAGACCUGCUGAAAAGGCUGAGGGGUUUAUGUUUUACGAGGUUGUAGCUUGAGCAAACAAAAAUGUACAAAUAAAAACAGCUAGAAAAAAAAUAAAAUAAAUUGUUUCUGUUGAAUAAAAUAAGCACAAAUCUUUAUCAAAAUCAUUACAUUUAAAGCUUUAUAAGACCUCAAAAUGUGUGUGAAAUACUUUUACUUUUCAUUGUUUAAGUACAUUUUUAAACAGAUACUUUAAUACUCUUAGUUAAGUUGCAUUUUCUUGUGAUACUUUUACUUUUACUUGAGUUUUUGUUGCUCCGGUAUCUGUACUUUUACUUAAGUAACAAAACAAAAACGAAUACUUCUUCCACCACUGGUAAUCACACAAUAUUUGUAGAAUGGAAAGAAUUUAAUCUGACGUGGUUUCAGCAAAGUAACGGAUCAUUUAAGUUCAAGUAGAAUCAUAUAAAUGUGACCAAAAUCUGGAGAGAACAUGUAAUCUGUUUUGUAUACGAGUGCUCAAAACUGAAACGAAAAACAAUGCUUAAGAUAUGGUCAAAAUACAUGCCAAAAAUACUCCCCAACUUUUUCGUAAUUGCACUUUUAUUGUUGUUUAUUGACCGUUCUUAUUCCUUACAUGAUCUUGCAUAAAAAUAUCAUUGACGAUUUUGCUCUAAAAAGCUGCAUCAAGUCUCGAAUCUGCUCCUCCAAACCGAUCUUAGUUUACUACUGAUUCUCGAUUCUACUGUAGUUACAUUCUCCCAAAACACUGGACUGUCCCUUUAAGGUAUCUGUAAAGCAGUGAGUGACAGCGGUUUGGCUUUGGAUACAAGUAACCGGCCCCAAUGAUAAUGAGGGGCCCCUGUGCUGUACAUAGAGCAAUGUCCAGGGCUGCUUCAAAAGAAAGACUGAUCCUGUCUAUGUGUGCGCCCACCCCACGGACUCCCUCUAUCCCUCCCUCUCGAUGAAAGACGCUUGUAUACUCGCACGCCUGAUGAUAUGCCAAUCUCUUUCACACAUGCAAAAAAACAUCCCGUUACCGUACAUCGUGUCAUAUGAAAUAUUCCAUAGACUUGUUUGUAAAGCUUUUGCAUUUGACCCUAAGAGGAAGUAGCAGAUGUUUUAGUGCGGGCAGCUUUUAUAGGUUUUAAGUUGUCACUGAAAAAAAAAAAAAAAAAAAAAAGAUUUGUAAAGAUCCCAAUGAAAUAAAUGUGUAAUGGAC